AAAAAAUCGACGUAAGGGAGCCGAGCAUCUCAGCGAAGAGGACGUUCACAUACGGAGGACAUAACAUUUCCGCGGCAGUUUGUGGUACGGAUUUGAAUAUUUUCAUCCUCAUUUAAGAGUCGGAAUGACAGACGCAGUGACACAGCACUAUGGAAGGAUUGGUUUCCAAGCUUAGCCGCAGCCUGAGCCGAGCUGCCCCUAUACUCAUUCGCAGUGUCCACUCUGGCACACGCACUGCCUCCACCGCUGCCUCCAAACUGACGGCUGAACGCCCCCUCACUUCAGAGGAGGUCUAUGCUCGCGAGGACAAGUAUGGAGCACACAACUACCAUCCACUCCCCGUGGCCCUGGAGAAAGGAGAGGGCCUCUAUAUGUGGGAUGUGGAAGGCAACAGAUACUAUGACUUCUUGAGUGCCUACAGUGCAGUUAAUCAGGGGCACUGCCACCCCAAAAUCAUUGCUGCCCUCACUGCCCAAGCAUCCAAACUCACCCUGACUUCCAGAGCUUUCUACAAUGAUGUUUUGGGAGCCUAUGAGGAAUUCAUCACGACUAUGUUUGGCUAUGACAAAGUAUUGCCCAUGAACACAGGAGUUGAGGGUGGUGAGACAGCAUGUAAACUAGCCCGUAAGUGGGCUUAUAAUGUAAAAGGUGUACCAAAGAACCAGGCCAAAAUCAUUUUUGCAGAUGGUAAUUUCUGGGGCCGCACCAUGGCAGCCAUCUCCAGCUCUACUGACCCCAGCAGUUAUGAGGGAUUUGGUCCCUACAUGCCAGGCUUUGAGCUUGUCCCAUACAAUGACAUUUCUGCACUAGAGAAAGCCCUUCAAGACCCAAACGUUGCAGCCUUCAUGGUGGAACCCAUUCAGGGGGAGGCUGGGGUGGUGGUGCCAGACCAAGGCUACCUGACCAAAGUCAGAGAACUUUGCACCAAACACAAUGUGUUGUGGAUUGCUGACGAGGUGCAGACGGGGUUGGCUCGUACUGGCAAGCGACUGGCUGUCGACCAUGAGGAAGUUCGUCCCGAUAUGGUGAUUUUGGGAAAGGCUCUAUCCGGUGGAAUCUACCCUGUGUCUGCUGUGCUGUGUGAUGAUGAGGUGAUGCUGACUAUCAAGCCGGGAGAACACGGCUCCACAUAUGGCGGCAACCCCCUGGCCUGCCGCGUUGCCAUCGCUGCACUGGAGGUGAUGGAGGAUGAGAAUCUGGCGGAGAAUGCAGAGAGGAUGGGAAAGCUGUUUCGGGAUGAGCUGAGGAAGUUGCCCAAAGACAUUGUCACCUUAGUCAGGGGGAAGGGCCUGCUCAAUGCCAUUGUGAUCAAGGAGACCAAAGACUAUGACGCCUGGAAAGUUUGCUUGCGUCUUCGUGACAAUGGAUUGCUGGCCAAACCCACCCAUGGAGACAUCAUCCGCCUGGCUCCUCCUCUGAUCAUCAAUGAGCAAGAGGUGCAAGAGUGUGCUGACAUCAUCCGGCAAACCAUCAUGUCCUUCUAAAAUGACCCAUCCAGCUGUUUGCUCUGAUACUCCAUGGCACCCUAUGAACUGCUGUCAGAAAGUCACUCAAAACCUUUAAUAAUUGGUCCUUAUUUUAAAUUAAUUAUUCCUCCGAGUUCUCUGUGGAAAUAUAUUAAGUUUAUAUGUGGUGGAUACUUUUCAGAGGCUACUCUAACACUGUGUUUUCCCCCAGCUCUGCAUUAUUUUAGAAGUAGUGCAGUUAUUGUCAUUUCAAAUUCUUUUACUUUUUUUUCCUGAAUUUUGUUGACAAUUGAAAUGGUUAAGUUGAACUGUCUGAAAAGACUGGACAAGGAGUUUGUUACACAUUUCAGUUAUUUAACCUAAGUUAUAUGAAAUAGGUCAAUUUUGUAGUUUUAUAAACUGCUGAAUUUUAAAUUACCAGUAACAAUUUACAUUAACCACAUUAUAUUAAACAUUCAUUACACAGCUAUAGACAGUUUGUAGUUAUGCCGUAACUGAUCCAGUAUGUGUCAUAAAGGUCUUAUUCAAUAUAUGUUAUGACUCCACCUCGCAGGCCGAUAAGUCUCGUGUUAGGCCCACUGACUGGUUUCUUACUUCCACUGAUGUCUUCUGUCGCUGUAUGCAUGAUGAUUACACCAUACCACAUCUGGAGAGCUGGAUACUAAGUCAAAAUGAGAGGUAGGCCUAGCAUAAGACUUAUCAGCCUGCGAGGUGGAAUCAUAACACAUGAAUAAAACCUUCAUGAGUCAUACCGGAUCAGUUAUUGCAUAUCUACACACUGUCUAUAGCUGUGCAAUGAAUGUGUAGUGUAAUGUGGUUAAUGCAAAUCAUUACCUUUAUUGAUUUGGUGGUUUUAAAUGAAACAUUUUCACUCUCAAAAGGGACCCGUGAUCUUGUAACAUACAGUUCUGUUACAAAGGCUUUAUUUUAAAGCUCCAGAAGUAUAGCUAAACCUUCUUAACUUUUUUUUUAAACACAAAAAACACUUGUGUAACCUAAAAAUGGUAGUUAAGACCUCAUGUUGCUGUAAAAUCCUCACUGCUGUGCUUUCAACUAGAUGGAAAUAGUCUUCCUACCGUACUACUACUGCCGGCAACCUCUGAAAUUCAUGUACUGUAAGGUAUGAAGCUUUAAAUGCAAUCUGGAUAAUUGGGUGUGUAUACACUGAAAGCCUUGAAAUGUAUUAAAUAUUAAGUUAAAUUCCAGGCCUUGAAAAAAUUGGCAUGAAAUAUGAAUUUGGCAUGCAAUAUGAAUAAGCCUUUCAGUUCUAGUACAUGAGAAACCACACAUUUUAUGUAUUAUGGACCCAUUUGUUGUUUCGCAUAUUGUGAAAUUAUCAGAACUUCUGGGAGAUGUUACCCCUGAUUGUAAAGCGAAGCCCUGAAUCAUAGGGUCAAAUCCAUCUUGGAUUUUUCGAGGCAGACGCAUGGACAGCUAUCUAAAGCCUUGUUGGAUCUUGACAGUAUCUGACCGGAUGUUGUCUAAACAUUGUUCAAACUUCCUGUUAAACAUUGAACAGUCACUGCUUGUGAGUCACUGUCGUACACUAUUGUGUAUUGUACUGAUUGUAUAGCUCUUCGGGGACUACCUUGUGAAUGUGGGCUAGACUCGACUGAUUGUUUAUGUACAAGCAACCUUAUAUUAAACUUGUUACAGUUCAUCUUUGGUGACAUAAAA